GUAUGGAUCAUAUAGUUCCUGGAGAUACCUUCCUGCAGAGUUCAGUUCCAACCCUGAUCACACCUGUUAAUUAUCAAGUGCUCCUUCAGAUCCUAAUUAGUUGGUUCAAUUGUGUUUGCUCAGGGUUGGUGCUGAACUUUGCAGAAAGGUAGAUCUCCAGAAACAGGGUUGGGGACUGGGUCACUGGGUCAAAAUGUAUAGUCAAAAUGUUAUAGCCAUCAACAGACCUAUAUACAGAAGCAUAAUGUGAAUGUAUGCUCUUGCAUCCGAUUGGAACAGACAAUAAAAAUAUGCAUAUGUGGGAUUUAGCAUAGCAUGAUCAUGAACUGGAGUUUUAAUAUCUGUGUAUUUUACUUAUUUUUCAGCAUGUACUGCCAUGCAGAACAACGUUUGCCAAAGAACUGGAUAGGAACUAUACUGCCAUGGAAAUAGAGCUAAAGAAAACAAUUGAUGAACAGCAGUUCGUGUCAACAACUGCAGACAUUUGGACUGCCUACAACAAGAGCUUUUUGGGGGUGACGGUCCAUUGGAUUGAUUCGGAGACACUGCAACGGAAGAAGGCUGCUAUCGCUUGUCGUAGGUUCAGAGGUAGGCACACAUAUGAUGCAAUUGCAUCUGAACUCGAGGAUAUUUUUUCCCAGUAUGGAUUAACUGCUGAAAAAGUGACAGCAUGUGUGACCGACAAUGGCAGCAACUUCAUUAAAGCUUUUAAGGAAUACCAACAAGUCGAAUCUGAGGAGGACGAAGAAAAGGAGGUGGAGGAGGAUGAUGGGGAAGUGGCCUUCACCGAUCUCCACAGCGUUCUCACUGGAGGAAAUGAUGAGGAUGCCCAGCAAGGGCUGUGUGUGCUGCCUGCACAUUACAGAUGUGCAGCUCACACGCUUAACCUCAUUGCCAACAAUGAGAUUGGCAAAUGGUUGGCAUCAAACCCAGAAUCCAGGGCUGUUUACCGCAGUUCCACAGCUAAGUGUUCAGCACUAUGGACCAAAGCUAGCCGGUCCACAGUUGCAUCUGAGUGCCUAGAAAAGAUCAGUGAAAGGAAGCUGAUUGUGCCCUCAGUAACCCGGUGGAACUCAUUUUAUGAUGCAUAUGUUCGGAUCGUAGAAAUGCCACUAACUGACAUUAACAAUCUAUGCACACAGCUUCAAAUUAAAUGUAUGAAUGACAGGGAAUACCAGUUUCUGAAGGAAUACUGUGCCAUUAUGAAGCCCUUCAGUGUUGCACUGGACAUCCUACAGGGUGAGGAAACUUGUUUUUAUGGGACACUUCAACCAACACUUGAAGUUCUAAUGGCCAAAACUUUAGCAAUGCAAAAUGGCCUUUCACAAAUGACCACUGGGUUGCCUGAAAUAAUUGUGGGAGCAAUUAAAACUCGCUUUGCCACAACAAUUGACUCCAAGGAAGCUCUACUGGCCACCGUCUCGCUGCCCAAGUUUAAACUGCGCUGGGUAAAAGAGGAAACCAGAAGAGAUCACAUCAAGUAUCUCCUCACCACUGAGUGCCGCUCCCUAACAGUAGAAGAGCCUGCAACCCCAAUGAUUGAUGCUCCUCAACCUGCUGCAGUCACCUCCCGUGAGGAUGACUUCUUUUCAUUUGAUGAACAGCCCAAUGCCAUGGCUGAUGCACCUAUGUCAGUGGAAACAGAGGUGACAUCUUAUUUCAAUUCUGAUCCGGUAAUGGAAAGCCUGCAUCAGUUUCCAAGAAUUAAAAAAAUUGCACUACGCUAUAAUGCACCAACACCAUCCAGUGCACCGGUCGAAAGACUUUUCAGCCUUGGGAGUCUGGUACUCACCCCAAAACGCAACCGUCUUGGUGAUGGACGCUUUCAGCACCUUAUUCUGAUGCGCUUCAACAGAUAUUUCAGUCAAGGGGGUAUAAUGGAAUAGGCUAGCCCCCACCAUAGCAGUAAGGACAGCCUCAAUUUCCCUUUUACUUUCAGCCAUGUUCAACUGCACACUACCUCUGUUUUAUAUUUGGCAGGAAACAGAAUUUUUUUAAUCCAAUUUUCCUGUAGGCUAUGUCUGACCAUUACUUUUUUUUUUUUUAGUUUGAUUAUUGAGCCAUAUUUGCUGUCAGGCCAUGUGGGCCCAAACACCUUCAUUUUAGUUUUGUAUUUCUAAAAUGUUUUAUUUCCAUGUUUUGUUGUAUGACUUCCCUUUUUAACUGAACCUUUUUUUUUUUUUUCAAAUUUUACUUAAAUGACUGAGCCAUAUUUCCUGUUAGGCCUUGUAGGCCCAAGCACUUUAAUUUCAUUUUUGUAUUGAAAAGUGUGUCUAGUUCUAUAGUUUCAUAGAGCCAAUAGCUAUCUGUCUUGUUGUUGUAGCCUAAGUGGAUUAGUGGAUUAAUUUAGUCUUUUUAGAGGCAUAUAGAUCUCUGUUUGAUCUGUUUUCUUUCUAAGCAGUUAGGCUAUGUUUAGCCUGUAUGUUCAUUUCUAUGGUCUAAAAUGACUGAGGUUGAGGGGUUGGUCCUCUAAUUGCACUUUAUACUGAGAAAGCGUAAGCUAUGUUCACCAUGCUCACUUUGUGCAUGACAGUUUUGUGUUGUGAACCACUUGAAUUUAAAGUGAAUAAAAUAAUGGCAACAAUAAGAAAAGAAAAAAUCUGCAUCUUGUCAUGGCAUUGGAGUUUACAUAUAGUCCUGUUUUGUCUAAUAUGAAUAUACCCAAACUAUUCACAGAUAUUGCCAGAUAAUCACUUUACCUCUAUCAUACUUUUAACAAACUUAGAUCAUUUGUGAUUCUGGCUGUCAUCCUUUCUUGCAUUGUCUUGAGCCUUCACGUUGCCAAUUAUAAACUAUAUUGUUAGUAGCCUGGAUAGGCCACAGUCAUUAUGCUACAUCAUUUCGCUUUCUACUGGAUGUAAAAUGCUCUGCAGUAC